AUGACUCCUGUUUCACCCAUGAUACAUUCAUCCAGCUCUGGCUUCUUUUGCGACGGCAGCAGUACUAUGGAUACGAGCUACCUUCAGCAUCAGCAUCAGCAGAUGCAACAAAUGCAUAACGCUUUGGAUAUGAACGCUCAUCAGAUCAGUAUGACUUUGGAUCUUUCAGAGAUGACUCUAGGAAAUAGUCAUGUUGCCAGCAAUUUCAGUGAAUUGUCUGGGCUAGGUCAGUUCCAAUCAAGUCUAUCAUCUUCAGCAGUACUUGCUCGACCCCCAUCAUCAUGGCCAAGAUGGACCUGCCUGGUUUACAUUCCUAUGACCCAAUAUACUCGCCCCUUUUGGAUCAACACUUACCAAACUCAGCAGCAGUAUCAGCAGCACCCUUUCCAGAACAAUGAUUAUACCACUACCUCUUAUGAUCAGCAACAGCAGCUUCAAUCGACUUAUUCUGCUGCAAUGUCGUUGACAUCCAUGCCAUUAAUGCAGCAGCAGCAAAUGUUUUAUGAGCAACAGUUACAACAGCAGCGACAACAACAACAACAACAACAACAACAACAACAACAGCAACAGCAGCAACAACAUGAUCAACAGUUGAGUGUGUCUACGUCGUUCCCGACCCUGUCAGGAUCUGAAUCAACGACUUCGUUAUCAUCGCCUCCUCCUUCAGCAGUGUCCUCGCUGAAUUGUUCCGUUUCAACUCCAACGACGGUGAUGUCUCCAGUAGCGUCAGUGCUUGCCUCCACAGGAGGAACUCUUCAUUCGACGAGUAGUAACCAUAAUAGCUUUAAUGUUGCUACUGGUCAUCUGCACUCUUCACACGCAUUAUCGAGUCUAUUGGACCAUGAGCACACAAAAGGGUCAUCACCAUCAUCAUAA